AUGGCUCCUCUCGUCCCUCGGUUCCAUCUCUUUGAGAUUGAUGAUCAGACCUGGUUUCCUGCUUUUCUUCGCGCCCGCGUCCAAGAUGGCCUCACUCGUGCUUGGCUCGUUAACUCGCCUCUUCAGGCUCAGUCUCCUGCAGGCCUCAGCGCCCAAAUCCUGAUCAAGGAGCUCAACACGUCUCUAUCCAAUUUCACCUUUAUCGAUUUCUGUGCCGGCGGCGGCGGGCCUACGCCCUCUAUAGCGAAGACGGUGAACGCACACCUACGCUCCCACGGAUCGGACCCUGCUCGCUUUAUCCUCACGGAUCUUCACCCCAAUGUCGACGCCUGGGAGCAGGUCGCCCAGAAGAACCCACUUCUGACGUACGAACGUAACUCGGUCGAUGCCGCAGCAGCUCCGAAACAUCUUGUAAGAAGGGAGGACGGAACAAAGCCGUUCAGACUGUUCAACCUCGCCUUCCACCACUUUGAUGACGACCUGGCUUCUGCGAUCCUACGUGAUAGCGUCGAGACAAGUGAGGGACUUGCUAUCUUUGAGCUUCAAGACCGUUCUCUUGCUAGUGUGUUGAUGAUUACGUUGCUAGGCAUUGGUGCGUUUCUCAGCGCGCCAUUAUUUGCGCUCAAGUGGCGAUCGCCCGCAACGUUCAUCUUCUCGUGCUUGAUUCCAAUCCUGCCCUUUGUUCUCGCAUUUGAUGGCUACAUCUCUGCACUUCGAACACGGACACCAGAGGAGUUUGAGAGUCUCCUACGGUCUUGUGGUGCUGACACGAGCAAGUGGGAGGUCAAGAGCGGAAGUGAUAGGUUCCUCUGGCCUUGCGGAUAUGUCAAUUGGAUCAUCUGCAAACCCCGUAAAGCUUAG